AUGGGUGUCGACCCUCUGUCUCCAAUUGCGCCUGUUCGGCUUAGGGCGCUCUUGCUUCCCAUUGGCAGAAUCAAGCGCUCACGCUUUCUGAGCUUUGCUGCUCGACUACAAGCUGAGAAUGUCGUUCGGCUAGGAGACAUCAGUCCCGAUGCGCGGCCAAACAGAAACAUGUUUUCACCAUUAGCUUUCCCUACUGGAUUGAUUCUUUACGACCUUUCGUUCUCGGUACCCCCAACUUCGCACCUCGAACUAUUUCCUUUCGAGGUAUAUAGAGAGCCUCUGGUGAUCAUUGCGAUCGCAGAUGGGACCGAACUGCCUGAAAACACUGGCGACAAACAGAAGCACCCGAGUCCGGAUGGACUUGAUCAGUUAUUGGAAGAGCUCAAUGGGGUGAAGGAGAGGAACCCCCGGGCAUUGGUAAACCAACUCUUGGUUUUCGAUCAUCCGGGCUUGGACAAGGUCACGAACGGCCCGGAUAAUGUCCUUUGGGUCCCACCGCCCCAAGCAUCCAAGGCUACCACAAUGAAGACAGUCCUCUGUGAUAUCACCUCGGUCUUGCUCUCAGAAUUGGAUGAGUUCGCAAAGACGAUUCAAAGCAUACCCUCGAUUGAGUCACCAAAGGCAUCCUCUUGGGGCCCGCAUCGGAACCCUGAAUUACGACCACGGCCAGUAGAUCGACUAUUGAACCGUAUGACUCUACCUGCACAGCUUCCGUCCAAUCCAACCGGCACACCAGAUGGCGCCAGUCCAUUCAGCUCAAAGCCCGGCUCUCCAGCUCCCAGCGAUCACGAAACCCCUACAACAUUUGAUGAGAUCACUCGCGCAAUUCACCUAUCGAGUCGUACAAACUCAGGCAGCAGGACACCUUCGGUGGCAUCACCUAAGGAGCAUAGCCGUGACCGUAUGUCUGUUAGUGGUAUGAGUGCCACGGACAGAACUAAGAAUCGAAUUAAGGGCCGAGCCGGGGUGGUGAUUGGAACACUUUUCCUGCAGGCGGGAAGGUGGCCCGAUGCCCUCAAGGAACUGACUGAGGCGGCGAACAAUGCUCGGGCAAGCAGCGACUACAUUUGGCACGCUAAGGCCCUUGAAACAAUUCUUCUUUGUCUGCUGAUGUUUGGAUGGGCAGGCAUGGACUUCCAGAUUCCGGCAGUCCUGUACCCUGCUGCGGAUAAGUCCUCCAAGCAUCGCGACUCCAUGACCCCUAGCAGUGCCGGAAACAGGGUCAUUUCUCUACAGAAUCUGGCCAACCUUUUGCCGGAUCUCUCAAACAACAUCUUAAACCUUUACACCCGCGCUGCUAAUAUCACUGAUGAACCUCUUCCUCAGCUGGUAUUCUCAGAAACUGUGAUUCGAUUGGCAAGGCUGAUGGUGUCAGCGCGCGUUCGCGAUGGAGCUUUAGAUGACAAUGCUUUAAAGCACAUCGUGAUGAACGAAAGCCUUGUUCCAUUGCUUCAACCAGAAUUACCCCGGGGUACUGUUUUGCUUCGAAAGGCCGAAAUUGCCAACUUCCUCUAUCGAGCGCUACCACUUGCUCCUGGCGCGGACUUGCCAGCGACUGACGCUGUUCCUAUCAUCGUUGGCGUUGUGGCUGUUCUCAACACCCUUGACUUGCCACGGAAGAAAGCAUUUAUCAUGCGUGAGCUUCUAUCGGUAAUGGUUCCGAGCUUAGUACAGGCACGCAAAAUCGGUGCUGCGGAGGUGGGUAUUCAUCCUGCAGCUGGACUGGCCUCUCUCAGUGAUACCGCAUUUGACGUGAAUGCCCUCGACACUGGCCCUGGGAACAUGGAGUCAAGUGUGCGCCUUCUUCUUUCAAAUAUUGGAGAAAUCUACGGCGUACAGCCAUCGUAUUUCUGUGAAAUCGAAAAACGACAAAGCCAAUCCUCCGCUGUGAGUGGGGCGCGGGAUAACGCCGAGCAUGAUUCUGUUGCUGGUAUUACCGAGCGGACAUUCCGACAUGUAGUCCUUGAUCGUUACGGUGAUCUGAACUUGAAAAUCGAUGUUUUGAAGGCAUGCAUCAACUGCUGCGAAGCUCUUCCAGACUUCAACGGCGUUCUUCGUUUUACGGUUGAGCUUUUACGGACUAUUCGAGGAGACAUCAUGCUUGGUGAAGGCUACAAGUCCCCACCGUAUCUACCUCGGGAUGAACAAGUCCGUUUGUUGAACAACAUCAAGCGUACAGUGGGCGCAGGAAGUAGACUAGGUGCUUCCGACAUGGUCGCAGAGUACUGGGAUGAUUUCUUAGUACGCGACGUCCAGCUACUGUCUCUAUCCGACCCCAAGAAGCCCGUUCGGCGGUCCAAAACGGAACUGGAUGCAGUCACGACGAGUUCUGACAAGUUGAAAAAGGAUCCGUUCCUGUACAACCCUUUUGCCAAGCCCAGCAGCAAGGCGCUUGAAUUGCUCGCUGUGGCCGAUGAACCUGCGUCGUUCCAAGUCACUCUGCAGAACCCCUAUGAGUUCGAAAUCGAGAUUGAAGUCUUGCGCUUAGAAAGCACUGGUGUCUCCUUGGAUGCAGUAGCAGAGAACAUUGUUAUUGCUCCGCUCUGCGUGCAAGAUGUUAUCGUUCCUGGUGUCGCGCAUGGAGAAGGCAGCCUGCAAAUCACGGGUUGCAGUGUGAAAGUGCGGCACUGUCGAAUGCGAAGUUUCCCCGUUUUCAAGAAACUUUGGAAACCAGACCCAGACUUCAAGUUCAAGCGAACAGGUCUGGGAGCAAAGAAGCCGCUCACAGAACGCCCAGUUUCCUGGAGCUCAACGACCUCCAUGGACGUCAAGGUUAUUGCCAAACAGCCGUCACUUGUGAUUGAGUCUAUGUCUCUCUCACAGUCAGCGAUAAUGGUCCUUGAAGGCGAAGUCAAAACAUUCACGAUUUCGCUUCUGAAUGCUUCCCAGUGUCCCGUGGACUUUGUGUUAUUCACCUUCCAGGAUUCCACAACCAGACAGUUGCAGUCUGCACUCAGCAACAAGGAUUUGGCACCGGUCGAGAUCUACGAGCUGGAGCUCAAAUUAGCCAGCAAACCCGCUUUGCGGUGGCGCCGGGAAGGCCAAGACCCCAGCGACUGUUCAAUUGCUGCAGGCCAGAAGGCAAGCUUUACCGUUGAUGUGCUUGGAAAGCCUGGUUUGCAAGAUACAACAGUGCAAAUCGAUUAUUCCUACGUUGGCGCAGCCCCGGGCGAAUUGCCUGAUAUCUUCUAUACCCGACAACUGUUUGUGCCAUUGACGGUCACAGUCAAUGCCAGUGUAGAGGUCGUUCGCUGUGACAUCCUUCCAUUUAGUGGCGAUCUUGCCUGGAAAAACCAUAUCGAGCCGCCUGUUGACUCGAUACAACAGCCGGGGGCAUUGCUAUCGACCACUGAGAAGGAUCCAUUUUCCCAAGUCCUCGCCCGUCUCGGUAACGGGGCCUAUGGACCAGAUCACUGUGUCGUGUUGCUUGACCUACGCAACGCAUGGCCGAGUCCUCUUUCGGUCUGGUUGAGGGUAAGCGAACAAUCAAUGGCAGGUCCCUCACCCGAGGCGGUGACCAAGGAUGAGACUGAGGGCAAGUACUCGGUCGACGGAGACCUUCAACCGGGCCAGGUCUCUCGGUUUGUCCUUGUUAUCCCACGCGUCUACCUUGACAACCAACAUGCCCCUAUCCCCGUUGUCAACACCGGUACCCGCAGACAAUUCGUUGUCAGCGCCAACAAACUUUCCUUCGAAGCAGAGGCGGCCUCGCGCGAAGCCUUCUGGUUCCGAGAAGAGCUCCUCAAGAGGAUUCUUGGAGGCUGGAAGGAAGCAACCGCAGGUCGCGAGGGAUCUAUUGACCUUCGAAACAUCCGAUUAACCAGUCACAUGGUCGAGGCCAUGCGUCUCGAAGACCUCGAGAUGACUUUCUCUUUGACCUCCCCAUCAUUAUCAUCCGAGACCUCCCAGGCAGUUGAACAGACGGGCCGCUCCCGCUUCCGCGUUAAAACGGAUGACCUCCUGACUCUGAACAUCACCGUCCGCAACCGUUCCUCACGCCCUAUCCAUCCCCUCCUCCGACUCCAACCUAGCCUCCGCCACCAACCCAACAACAUCGCCCUAGACCUCACCCGUCGCCUAGUCUGGACCGGCAUGCUCCAGCAAGCACUCCCCAUCCUGCAAAGCGGCGAGUCCACCACCGCCUCCAUCGGCGUCACAGUUCUCUGCCGCGGCGAGUAUGAGUUUGGCGCUAGCGUCGAGGAAGCCCGGCUCCUGCGUCAGUCUUUCGGCCAAAACAAAGACAAUACAGCUGCCGGCGAUUCUACUGUUCACCGCUACAACGACGACGGCAUCAUGGACACAUUUGGGACGGAUGUUGUCCGCCGGAGACGCAUUUGGCAUUCGAAGGAGCUGUGUAUUAUUCAUGCGAACGACUGA